AUGCUUGCUUCCCUUGCCCUGCUUCUGGCCAUAGCGGCCGUCUGUUCCGCGACACACACCUUUCACAUUGAGAACCACUGUUCCUACGAUGUGUGGGCCGCCGCUUUCGGAAACAACGGUCAGACACCGCUACAAGGUGGGUGGAAAAUGCGCCCAGGUGACCGUACUUCGUUUAAUGUGAUUGAUCGGUGGAAUGGACGUAUUUGGGGGAGGACUCACUGUACGGAAUCUGGACAGUGCCAGACCGGUGAUUGUGGAGGUCUGCAAUGUAAUGGCCGUACAGGUAGACCCCCAGCAACGCUGGCAGAGUUUACACUGGACGCUUAUGGAGGGCAAGACUUCUACGAUCUGAGUCUGGUAGAUGGCUUUAACCUGAUGAUGAGUAUCAUUCCCGAUGCCGGAACAUACGACACCAGUCAUCACGGGCAGUACUACUGUGCAAGGGCGGGAUGCUACUCCGACCUGAACAGUGGUUGUCCGGGAGAACAGCAGCAACAUUACGGAGGCCAGGUAGUUGCUUGUAAGAGUGCUUGUGAAGCUACCGGAAGGGAUGACUACUGUUGCCGAAACGCCCACAACACACCACAGACAUGUCCAUCCUUCCCCGGCGCGAACUUCUUUAAGUCUAGAUGUCCAGAGGCAUACAGCUAUGCUUAUGAUGACCAUAAAAGUACAUUUACAUGUAGAGGCAGACCGAAGACUGGUUACACUGUCAGAUUUUGUUAA